AUGAUAUUUGUUCCUUUCUCUGAAAUAAACAAUCAUGACAAGACAAUCAACGUUGGAGCAGGACUAAUAUCAGAUGAAACAAUUGAAUCAUACUCUUGGUUAUUAGAAGCUUUUUUGUCAUCACAUAAGAAGAAACCAACAAUGAUUCUAUCAGAUACGGAUGCAACAUUAUCUUGUUCAAUAGCAAAGGUGUUUGAAGGAUGUACUCACAGAUUAUGUAUGUGGCACAUAAUGUCAAAAAUGCCAUCAAAGAUUGAAGCUGACUUAGUUUCAAAUACAGAUUUCAAGAAACGCAUAAAUCAACUAGUUUGGAAUAUGAAUAUUAAACCAUCAGAAUUUGAGAACAAAUGGGAUUUGAUGUUGAAUGAGUUUCAUUUGAAGGAAAAUAAAUGGCUGGCUGAUAUGUUCAACAAGAGAGAUAAAUGGAUUCCAUCCUAUUUCAGAGAUAUACCAAUAAAAGCAUGCAUCAUUGGUAUACACUCGAGAAGCAUUCAUAAAAGUGCAAAAACAAAUAAAAAAGGCAUUCUAUCAGUGUUUUCAAAAAAUUCGGUUUUGAUUGAUGGUCGUCAACAAUGCAUAAUUGUCUACAAAGAACUAAAAUCAGGCAAGCGACCAGAAUUUAAGGUUUCUUUUGAUGCAAAAGAUGAAACAAUUGAAUGUGAAUGUUUGCAUUUCACAUUUUUUGGAAUCCUUUGUAGUCAUGCUUUGAGAAUUCUUAUAGAUUAUGACAUUGCCAUGAUACCUGAAAAAUACAUUCUGGAUAGAUGGAGAAAGAACAUAGUGGAUAUUGGUUUUCAAAAGAUAAACAAAAAAUGGAGAGUGUGCAGUACAGAAAUUUCAAAUCUCUUGCAGGAUGCAACUUCUUUUUUUGAGAAAUGCGUUGAAUCGGUUAUUCAUGACAAAGAAAAACUACAAGAAUUGGUGAACUCUCUUCAACAAUUAAGUGAAAAAUGUGGAAAGGAUGUUUCUACAAGAUCAAGUUCAAUUCCAAUAAAAGAUGUGAUUGAAAAUAUCAUCGGAGUUCCAAUUUCAAGUGAUGUGAAAAUCAAAGUACCAAGUGAGAUAAAAACAAAAGGAAGUGGAAAGAGGAGUCGAAUCAAAAGUGCUGCAGAAAAAGCAAUAGCAAAAGCACUUAAACCAAAACGCAAAUGCAAAGGAUGCAACCAAUUCGUCAACCAUGAUAUAAGAAAUUGCCCAAUAAAUCCUUCAAAUGUGCUUAGGCCUUUCAAAAAACAUCAGUAA